CACCUCCUUUCCCCUCCGAUACCCAAUCUGCACUCCUUUCUUCGGAAAAACUACGAAGUCUUCUCUAUCUACGAUAUUCGCAAUCUCUGGCGCGACAUGGUCGCUGGCGUCGCGGCCAUCCACAGUCUCGGUUUGAUCCACUUUGACCUGAAGCCCGCGAAUUUCCUCAUCGUGGACAACAUCGUGAAGGUCUCUGACUUCGGCCUCGCGCGGGGGAUCAACAAGGAUGAGGGUAUAACCCACGUUUCCCGCGACCGCCAGUGCGGCCCGCCGCGGUACAUGCCGCCGGAGGCAUUUUACCAACCGGACGAGGGGUCGGCGAGUUUGAAGAUGCGCCCGGCGGCUGAUGUUUGGGCCUUGGGGAUCAUCCUAUACCAGUUGCUAUACGGGCGGGCGCCGUACGAGCAUUUAGAG